ACUCACCCUCCCGCCAGGUCCCAAUUCCGGUCCCUCAUGGGGGUAGGGGGCUACGGAGGUGGCGUAGAUGUUGACAGUUCUGCGCUAGACGCCCUUGUGCGGGAAGGGAAGCCCCGCCUACUCCACGCCCCUCCGCUCUCACCUGCCUGGCGGCGCGCACGAAAACAGGAGCUGUCCUACCUGUCACGUGGUGUCACGUGGUGCCACGCUCGCGGAGUGCGGGAUCGUGGUGUUUCCGUAUACGUUUGGAUUCAUUUCCGUGUAAAAGGAAAGUUGCUUCCAGGUUGUGUCUGGGAGUGAUGCUUCUACGGGUGGUACUAGGAGAGUCCCGGUUUCUGCUGGCCCCUCGUGGAGGAUGGUCUCCGGGCAAGCAAUGUCAACGGUGGUGGCGGCUCCCACAGAGACGGCUGCAACACAAUGUGGUGUCAGAAGUGGCUUCCCAUCCCAGAGUGGCAGUAUCACCUGUCCCCAAUGCCGUGACCAACCGGGCUAUAGGGCGCUGGCUUCUAAUCUGCAGUGGUACUGUGGCUGGAGCUGUGGUGUUGGGUGGUGUCACUAGGCUGACAGAGUCUGGGCUUUCAAUGGUUGACUGGCACCUGGUGCGGGAGAUGAAGCCUCCUCAGACACAGCAGGAGUGGGAAGCAGAAUUCCAAAAGUACCAGCAGUACCCAGAAUUUAAAAUCCUGAACCGUGACAUGACGCUGAUGGAGUUCAAAUUCAUCUGGUAUAUGGAGUAUUCACACCGAAUGUGGGGACGGCUUGUGGGGCUGGCUUACAUCCUUCCAGCAGCCUACUUCUGGAGGAAGGGCUACCUGAACCGGUCCCUGAAGGGUCGUGUCAUUGCCCUCUGUGGGCUUGUCUGCUUCCAGGGCCUGUUGGGCUGGUACAUGGUAAAAAGUGGAUUAGAGGAGAAGCCAGACUCUCAUGAUAUCCCACGGGUCAGUCAGUACCGUUUAGCUGCACAUCUGGGCUCUGCACUUGUUCUUUACUGCUACAGCCUGUGGACUGGGCUCUCAUUGCUGUUGCCACAGCACAAGUUACCUGAAACCCGCCAACUCCUAUGCCUAAGAAGAUUUGCUCAUGGAACAUCAGGUCUCAUCUUUCUCACUGCCCUCUCAGGAGCAUUUGUGGCAGGACUGGAUGCUGGCCUUGUGUACAACUCCUUCCCCAAGAUGGGGGAACGCUGGAUCCCUGAUGAUCUCCUUGCCUUUUCCCCAAUGCUGAAGAACAUAUUUGAAAAUCCCACAACUGUGCAGUUUGAUCACAGGAUUCUGGGAGUCUCCUCUGUUGCAGCCAUCACGGGCCUGUACUUGUUUUCUAGGAAGAUUCCUCUCCCACAGAGGACGAGAAUGGCAGUUGCUUCCUUACUGGCUGUUGCAUACCUCCAGGUCAGCCUGGGCAUCGGUACACUUCUCCUGUAUGUCCCAACUCCUUUAGCAGCCACUCAUCAAUCAGGUUCAUUGGCGUUGCUCAGUGUAGCACUGUGGCUGAUGCAUGAACUUAGGCGGAUCCCUAAAUAGUUCUGCUCUCUUAUUUAGCCAGCCUCUUUGCUGGUACUGAGGGUUCAAGAAUGCUGCCUUGUUCCGUGUGUUGUAAGCUCCUCUACCUGAAAAGCCUGAAUUUGAACAGAAGAUAAGGACUGUGCUGAGUGGCACAUUAGCUUCAUGAGCUGAAGUACUUUGUUGUGAAACUUGGUGAACAUGAAGUGCUGUCCAUUGGUUAAGGUGUGAGGUUGAAAGGACUGUCUCUGUGACAAGAGUGAUGGUUGUUUGAGGUGUGCCUCAGGUCCUGCUAUGCCAUCUGUCUGGGGCUGCAGCCAUGAACUAAUCUCAGUGGUGUUUCUACCUUGGCAGUCUGUGUAGGAUGGAUAGAGACAAUGAGAUUAGUAUAGGAUUAUUGGGUGAAUGGGCCUAGGAUUUUGGAUAAACUGGAAAGUAGAUGUUUCAAGACAGCAUUGCGGGAUGGGGGCAGGAGGUAUAGUUUCCUGGAUUCUCUGUAGCAGAAUGUUCCAGGUUUAGAGUGGAACUUUGUUAAUGCAGUACAUGUUUCAAUAUUCAAAUGUGUACUACAGUUUAACCAUGGAGAAGAAUCAGCCCUUUACUUAUUUAAUAAUAAAGAUUUUCAGCAAGCCUUUUACAA